AUGCUGCGGUCGUUUACUAACGCGCACAAGAUGAGCGGCAAGCGUACGCGCAGCUAUAGAUGUGCAGUACAUCAAAGAGACCGCGAGGUCAGUUCUGAAAACGACUUUCAUCUUCUACUAGAGGAUCCCACACUUUUUGCCAGAAUGGUGCACCUCGUAGCAAUGGAAGUCCUCCCUGAGGAGAGGGACCGGAAAUACUAUCAGGAGAGAUACACAUGCUGCCCACCUCCCUUCUUCAUUAUAUGCGUCACUUUAUUAGAGCUCGGUGUGUUCGCGUGGUACGCGUGGGGCGCGGGCGGCGUGGCGGCGGCGGCGGGCCCCGUGCCGGUGGACUCGCCGCUCGUGUACCGCCCCGACCGCCGCCGCGAGCUGUGGCGCUUCCUCACCUACAGCGUGGUGCACGCCGGCUGGCUGCAUCUCGCCUUCAAUCUGCUUGUGCAGUUGGCGGUGGGCCUCCCCCUGGAGAUGGUGCACGGCGCGACGCGGUGCGGCGCGGUGUACCUGGCGGGCGUGCUGGGCGGGUCGCUGGCGGCGUCCGUGCUGGACCCGGACGUGUGCCUGGCGGGCGCGUCGGGCGGCGUGUACGCGCUGCUGGCCGCGCACCUCGCCAACGCGCUGCUCAACUUCCAUGCGAUGCGGUACGGCGCCGUGCGCCUCGUCGCGGCGCUGGCGGUGGCCUCCUGUGAUGUGGGCUUUGCUGUCCACGCUAGGUAUACUAAGGAAGCGCCGCCGGUGUCGUACGCGGCGCACGUGGCGGGCGCGCUGGCCGGCCUCACCAUCGGGCUGCUGGUGCUGAAGCACGCGCAGCAGCGGCUGUGGGAGCGCCUGCUGUGGUGGGCGGCGCUGGGCGCGUACGCCGCCUGCACGCUCUUCGCCGUGCUCUACAACGUGUUCAGCGCGCCCACCGACGAGCUGCACUACAUGCCGCCCGACCCGCCGCCCGACGCCGGCUUC